UAUAAUUUUCCUAUUUUCCACCAUUUUCCCUCCACUUUCCUUCUCUUUUUCUCGACUCCCAAACAAGGACCAUGUCACUAAUACCCAUCAGAGAUCAACAAGGCUCCAUCUAUAAUCCCUUCUCCUACAUAGACACAUGGGAUCCUUUCAAGAAUCUUGAAAUCUGGAACCCAUUCACUGAUUUCCCUUUCCCUCCAAAUUCUUUCUUCCCUCAAUUUCCUCGAGAAAUUUUCCCCUCCGUCGAGACCCAGAUCACACGGACCGAGACAGGUAACGCGCACGUCUUCAAGGCGUACCUUCCGGGCCUCACGAGCGACGAGGUGAUUGUAUUUGUCGACGAAGACAACGUGCUGCAAAUUUCCACCGACGACAACAAGUUCACGAGCAGAUUCAAGCUGCCCGAUAACGCGAGAGCUGACCAGGUGACAGCUUCUAUGGAUAAUGGGUUUCUUAUUGUUAGUGUGGCUAAGGAGGUUGCCGCGAACUCGCGUAAUAUUAGGGUUGUGGAAAUCACGGGUUGAUGAGUUUGUGUGUGCUAGUAUUAAGGAGUUGUAAUCUCGGUGUUGAGCUCUUUGUUAAUGGCGUUUACUGUAAAUUUUGUUUUGGGGUUUGGAGAUUUGCAGGUUGCUUUGUGUGUUUAGAAGUGAAAAAUGCACGGUAAGUGUUUGAUGAUUGUCUUGUCUGACUGCCUGUCAAUUUCCGUUAUGUCGAUGUUGUCUUUUAUGGUAAAUAAAUGUAAUACUUGUAUAAAUAAGUUGGUG